GAGUUUCGCAGCCCACGAAGCAAGCGGUAUCCAGAUCCGGGCCGGGGAAGACGCCGUUAUCUACAGAUGCAUUACAGGCUCAAUUUCUAUCUCACAUUCGAGAGAAUUGGGAGUAAAUAGGACCAAAAGGGUGCCACUAGUGGGAACCCACUCUGGGAAUAUAUUCUGCUUUACGGAGUAGACAUGAAAGUGCCGUGUCCCAGUCCACUAACGAAGGCUAUGCUGAAAUACCUCAAAGAGGGCUAUACAUGCGAGCCGCGGUUACUUUGUUGUGGGGACGGUAAGGUGUUGGUAGAUUCAAAAACGAUGCUCGGAGAUAUUUUCCCCAUAGACAGGAUGUAGGAACUGAUCUCGCCGGGGGCUGAUAGGGUUGGCCUCCACGUGGGCUCUGCAGGUGGAUAGGACUUGGUAUCGAUUUCGGGUAAAACAAGCGUCCAAAUAAUAUUAUUGAACUAAUUACUCCUAUAUUUCGGGGUUAAGAGGUCGCCAGCCUGACCACGAGAGACGACGCGCUGCCACCGUUUUAAGCUACCGGUGCAUCAGAGACUGUGAGGGGAGAUAAAAGCCAAUAAUACCACAUCCAGAGCGGUCGAUUUAUCUUUUGCACAGAGUAACAUCUCAUAUCUGUCUAUCCAACUGACCUUUGAAUGAACGCGCGAGGUGACCAUAGCAGUGCAAUGCAACCAAUAUCAAUAACCAGCGGGUACCGGCGCAGUUCUGGAUCGUUUGUCGGCACAACCUUAUAUUGCAGCGCGGAACAUAAAAUGAAUGGUGGACAGGAGGGCAGAUUCUCCACCUGCAGGCACGCCGGCAAUAGAAAAGCAUGCGGUAAGGGCGAAAAACGUGGCAAAGCUGGUAACUGGUGGAAACUUACCUUUUUCCACUCUUCUCACUCCGAAGCUCGCUCUUCUUCUGCGUCUUCUUCCUCGUUCCUUUGUUCUAUUCUAUUCUAAUUCUGUUUCCUUGCCAAUUGAAGAGGUCCUCUCC